CCGGUAUACUGAUGCGUGCUGCCUCUCGCCAGUCGACGCCGUACAGUUGACGGUUCCCUCAAACAAAUCGAAGCCUCGAGCCGCUUUGGCUCCGCUUCUGCCUCGUUGUUCGGUUCGGCUCGACGGAAACGUUUAUUCUGUGCGGAAAAAAGUGUCCCUUUUCGAAUUGUGAAUUUGUGUAUCGCCGCUCCGCUCCGCUCCACACCUCCUGUCAGUCGGUGGUCGACCCUCUCAGGAUUUGGAAGUGAAAAUUCUCCCGCCGCCAAUUUUCAUUCGCUCGUCAUCUAUAUCCUAUACCCGGUAAAGACGAAGAAGAACAAGAACAAGAACAAGGAACUAGACGACACCCGAGGGUCACGAGCCUGUUGAAUGAGCCAGUUUUUCAAGACAGUGUGGCAACCACGUGAGUCGUCUCCUCGUUAUACAAACACACUCGUGCAUUUCAUUCUCUAUGUAGAUGUAUUCGUACGUACGUACACCGCCCAUGCAUGACACACAAGUACGCCGAACUUUCGAGGGAUUAACGACCGCCCGCAGGACUAACGUCCCCCUCGAUCCGAGAGUGCGCCGUCGGCCGUCUCCGCAGUUUCCACGAUACGGCUACCAAAUUGAAUCACCUCUUUAGAUAAUCUCGAGCAGCGCGUGAUUAUACGUCCAGGAACACCCCUUCCGAUAAACAAAAGCGACCACUGAUUAUUCAGCGUCAGAAAUCAGAGAACCGUUCCAACGCAGAAGUUGAUAAAGAACAAAAAAAAAUGACGGCGAUAAACGGAGAAAUGACCGAAUUCGAAGAGAGCGUUUCAUUCGACUUGGAUGACCCAGACUUUCCCAGCGUCGGUGACCGUGGACUCACUCUCAGCAUCACAGCCGUACCCAGAUCCAAGAUGUCUAUCACCUCAGUUCAGACUGCCCCAGAAAGUCUUUCUCGCCACGGAAGCAACAUUUCGCUGUCCUGUCAUAGUUUAUGCGGCAGCUUAGACGACGGUCUUCAAGAUUCUCAUCCGCAAUAUCAAGACACUAUCUUGACCAUUGAGGAACUUCGGGCUCAACUCAAUUCCUGUUUUACAUGCGGUGUUUCAUGGAGCGCCCAACACGUUUCUCUCGAUUGCAGUGAAUGCGGUGGUUAUUCGUUGGAGCGUCCAUGCCCAUUAUGCGAUGGACGUUGCCACGCCGUUUGGAAACGCGACCUCACAAUGUCCCAUGCCAGUGGAAAGGCAAGGUGGAGUGGAGAGUGCGCGUUGAGUUGCGGACCAUCCCUAGAAGAGUCUUUGGUCCCGGCGUUAGAAAAGCUCAGAGCUACUUCCUGAACGGAAAGUUCUGACGAGGCUGUUAAAGAGCCCUAAAAUUUGCACAAGACUUAACCACCACCAUUCAUAUUAUAGUGUCAUCAUUCACAAACCAUCGAGAGAAUAAUUAAGGACGAAUGAAUGUAUGGCUGAAGUUGUCUACGAGUGGUCUAAAAAACUCCACCACCAAACAACCUUCCUCCCUCAUCGUGCACAAUUAUGGUAAAAAAAAAAAAAUACUUAUUAUUGUGUCCGUUAUAACAAAAACGAACGCGAUGAAAAGAAAAUAUAUAAGAAGAUAUGGAUAUUUUUUUUUCUCUGUGCACGAUUCACGAAACGCAAACUUUUUCUAUUCGUCUCUGUUUUCUGCCUCGUAGAAUGUGCGCUAUCGGAUGAAAAUAAUAAUAACAACAAUUAUCGUUAUUAUUGUUAAGAACAAUACGUUACCAUCGUAAAAACGAUAUGUUUGAGAAAUUGAAUCCAUGGAUAUAUGGCUCUUUAAUAUCGGCUGAUUAGAAAAAUUCAAUUUUAUUUCUGUUCCAUUCAUUUUGUAAAUUUUUUUUUCUUUUUGGUAACAAAAAUUUGGUAGUAAAAUUGUGUGUAUAUGCGUUGAGAGCCGGAAGAAAAAUCUACUUUUGAAGCAUUUAUACACGUACAUAUGGUAGGAAAUACGUUCAUGUCCAGAUUAAUGAGAUCUACAAUUACAAAGACAUUUCUUUUUUUCUUGAGAAACAAGAGAAAAAAGCAUAAAUGACUGAAUCGACGUAAUGAUAGACAUACGUGCGCGAAAGGAGAGAAAAAAAAAAAUUUCAAUUGACAAUGUGCGCUAGGCGUAAUUCAUAUAUACCUAUCCACUAUGUGUGCAUACGCGUGUGUGCCAGAUAAUAUGUAUUUGUAUAUUUUCACAUAGAAAAAAAGCAAAAAAAGAAAGGAAUUAUAAAAAUAUUAAAUAAAAUGAAAUAACGAUCAAGAUGACAAAGGCGAAUCGAGUAUUAUUAUUGAAAUCUCAUGAUUGGAGAUGUUGGAUUGGAAAAUGAAAGGAAAUCUAUUUCAAUCAGAAAAAAAAAGAAUGAGCUUAGUGAAAAAGAAUUUAAAAGAGAAAAUGAUCGGAGAAAAAUAUAUAUUAUAUAUAAAUCGUACGUGAUCUUAUCUUCUCUUUCGUCUUCUUCCUUGAUUGGCUAUAAACCCCUUCGUAUAUUGGAAUACGGGGAAAAUGCCGCCAUGAUCUUAUCCUAAUAUAGAAAGUAACGUAAGACACGUUCGUCUGACUGAUCGAGAAAGUGCAAGAAAGGUAGAUCCUGUCGGUCUGUUAAUUAUGCAAUCAUCGUGUCCGUAGUCCUAACAGCUGAUGUAAACGAAAAAAAAUAAUCUAAACCCUGAAAAGGUAUGGAUAUAUAUGCCUAUAUAUGUAUACGUGUAUGCAUCUACACCACCUUAUGGGAUUGCCAAAUGUAUUGAAAAUGGCCCCCGUUCACCCUAUUCCCCCCAGAAGUCUGGUUGUGUUUGUAAUAUAUGUUACGUGAUCAUUAGAUAAAUAGUUAAAAUUACUAGGCUGUAAGUGAUUAGGACGUAAAUUUAGUGAAAUUUAACUCCGUUCGGUUGCAGUAUAGCUAAAUAAUAGCCGAAAAUUAAAAUUGACUGUUUGUGAAAAAAAAAUUACUUUGAAGAAAAAAAAUGGAAAAAAUCAGUUAUCAUUCGUUAGGAACAUCACAACUGUGCGCGGGUUCGAAAUUUAUUUGAUUUUAAUUUCGAUUUUUUUUCGUUUACGAUCAUCACCUGCACCUUCGACUUGAGAGGAAAAAAAAAAAUUCUUUUCUCGGAAUAAAUUGCGUUAUAAUUGUAAACACGGACAAGAUAUGUAUUUGACAUUUUGUAAAUCGCAAAUUAUUCAUUUCUGUAUAAAUCCAUGCCCAUUUUAUUUUUCAUCUCCAUUAGAUUAGUAAUAAUAUUAAUAUGUUAAGAGAAUAAGAAUUUUCUAAGGUAUUGAAAUAAUAAAAAAAAAACGAGAUAACUAAAAUGAGUGAAUAAAAAUCAAUCGAUCGAUCACAUCACCUGACGCUAAUAACGUCGGUAGAAUUGAUUCGCUUUAGAAAAUGCGUUCGGAUUUACUUUCUCAUUUAAUUAUAAAAUUAUUAUUUAUGACCAUAAUGUUAAAAAGUAUGGGAUUAUUGAAUAAAAAAUGUCAAAUCUUA